AUGUCAGAGCUCAACCCUGCAGGAAUCCCUCGAGUAUCUCAGUGUAAAUUCAACCUGCCUCUUCGGUUAGUGUGCUACCCCUCCUCAGCUAUCAAAAAUGCCAAGUACAAGAUCACUGUGGACACCAACAAACCUCCUGUCAACCUCAGUGAAGUCUUCCCAGAGCGUUACAGGAUCCAGAGCGAGAGCUUUGAGGAUAUUUGGCUGGUAGCCAAGGAGCUGGUGCAGCGUUUCGACCGGCACUUUGCCUCCCUUGGAGUCAAAGACUUUCGGAACAGCUUCACUGGACCAAUUCCACUGCCUGAGUUCUUUGAGACAGUGGACCACCACUUUGAGCUCCGUGUGAAUGCGCAGAAGUAUCAGGAUUUGCUGUCGGAGAGAGCAGUUCAGUUCAGGGCCAUCCAGCGCCGUCUACUGACCCGCUUUAAAGACAAAACCCCAGGACCACUUCAAAACCUGGACACACUGAUGGAGGGAACCUACCGCCAAGUUAUAGCAUUAGCAGAUGCAGCAGAAGACAACCGGGAGCGUUUGAUCCAAGCUUUUACACGUUUGCGGAGCGCCACUCACCUCCUCAUCCUACUGUUGUCCCUGUGGCAGGGGCUCAGCUCAGAGCAGACUGCCAUCCUGGAGGCCACGCUCCUACCACUGCUGCAGGACACACCGCAACUUGGCUGGGAGGAGAGUGUUGAUGCAGCCGUCUCCCACCUCUUAAAAACGUGUCUGUCACGCAGCCCCAAAGAUCAGGCCAUCAGCUUGAGCACCGGGCUGCUAACCAUCCCAAAAGACACGUCACGCCUGAAGAAACACAUCACGCUGCUCUGUGACCGCUUGGGCAAGGGUGGCCGUCUCUCUCUCUCCUCAGAAGCCAAUGUCCCUACAACCAUCAUGAUGCCAGUUGGUUGUGAGUCCAUCCCUGAACCGAUAGUUGAGCAGGAGGAGGAACCACCACUGCAGCAAGACUCCGCCAAGUACAUUAAAAAGAAACAGCCAUCCAAGAGAAUCAAGAGCAAGUCAGAUUCAUCUAAAGAAUCGUCCAGAGAGAAGGAGAAAGACUCUAGUAAAGAGAAGGAGCCUAAGGUGUCGUCAAAAGAGUCCAAAAGAGAGUCUACAAAAGAGUCAAAGGAACCCUCAAAGGACAAGGAGUCAACCAGAGAGAAAGAGUCAUCAAAGGAGAAGACGAAGGUGUCCAGGAAGUCCUCAGUGAAGGUCAAAGAGAAGAAGUCAGAGGCAGGAGAUGGCUGAAUACAUUGACAGCUGCUGCACUGAGAAAAUUAUUUGGCUCUUUAUUAGUCAGGUUGUCUGUGUAAAGAUUGAUAGCUCAUCCUGAUGUUUUUGCUGUAAUUCUAGAGUUGAUAGCAUAGUGGCAGAAAAUAAUCAAAAGUGCAUGUUUUCACUGUCUUUGAGGACAAGUGGACAUGUAGGAAUGGUUUAUAUUUAAACUCGGCGUGACGUCUGAUCACGGGCACCACGCCCCACUGAGACGGCUAAAA